ACAGCGGCAUGCAACGUAACACCAUCACACGCUCCGGCCCACCGGCGCCACCAACAGUGUUGUGACUCUCAACACAAAGAAUCAGCCAUGAACUAUUUCGCCGUGCUGGCCACGCUCGCCGUCCUGUCGGCGGCCGACGGCAGGCGCCUCUUCAAGCGGCCGCAGCUGUUCCGUCCAGUGUUCGUCGGCGGCGACGCCUCCGGCCAGGCUGACGGCUCCGUCACCUCCGGCAUCUCUGAGACGGCGUUCGGACGAGACCAGAUCGACUCGGCCGUCUCCAGCGUCCGCGGCCAGGCCAACGGUCUGGGCAGCAGCAGCACCAACACGGCCAACGCCGACGCGCGCCGCUCCGAGAGCGUGCUGGGCGUGCAGCGGACCUCCGACACGAACGCCGUCUCGGUGCAGGACAGCAACGGCGCCGUGCUGCUGCCGGUCGGCGGUCUGUUCCAGCGGCCGUCGCUGUUCAAGCCGGCGCUGCUGCCCGGCGGCGCGGCGUCCGGCUCCGCCGACGGCUCGGUGACGACCGGCACGUCCGAAGGCGUCAACGGCUUCACCCGCGUCACGUCCGUCACGUCCAACGCCGACGGCAGCGUGCACGGCAGUGGCAGCAGCGUGAGCGUGGCCAACGCCAGCAACCAGCGCACGGAGACGGUCGAUGGCGUCUCUGAGACGUCCGACACGGGCGCUGUCUCGGUGCAGAACACCGGACGCUGAACGCACUGCAUCAUAUGGUCGUGAGUCAUUGCUCAAUGUUCGUCGCGGUUUGAGAAGAGGGAUGGAUUCUCAUGGCUCGUUUGCUGUUUGUGCUGUGUAUCGCUUGUGACUGUCAAGUAUUACCCCAAAGAUGAAGACACGACGUGCAAUACAAAUCGAGAAUAUGCAA